CAAAAUAGAGCAGCCCGGCAGGCACAUGCAGCUUCUACGCCCUUGUGGAGCUCGCAUGUUGCGCGCCAUGAUGCACAUUGCGCGGGUCAUGUGCAAUCGCUAUCUCUGCGGCAUGCUAUUCGAUACGACACAUGCACAUGUAUAAUAACUUCUGCACAAGGCAGAUUUCCGCCGGUGCCCCGGACCCAUCUACAAAAUGUAAACCCUGCGUGCACAGUCCUCGCGUUCUCCACGGACCACUCAAACGCAUGUCCAAUUCUCAGCCGGGAACUGACCCGGUGCAGCACCCGGCGCCCGAAAAGUCCUGGGGGCGUCCCCACUCGUGUGCCAUGCGCGCAGCGGCAACCGCAGCAACAAGGUGCAAAGGCGUCUAGGGCGGUAACGUCGGCAACCCCGGACGCGCCAGAGCCGGUGAUGGAGCGCGUCAGCAACUCAGGCGGCAGCCGAAAGGCCUUUGCCAAGGCCUUCACCUCGCUGCUCGGGCUGCAGCUGGCCAAACCCGAGGACCUGGAUCCAGACACGCUGCGAAGCCCGCCCUUUCCCCGCUACACCCCCGCGCUGUCCGAGCUCAGCGUGCAGCAGCUGCGGCCGUACUUCCUCAACCGCACCUACACAGACACAGACGUGGGCUACCUGGCCUUCUUCUCCGCCAUGCACCUUGUGGCGCUGGUGGGCGGCCCGCUCACCUACAGCCCGGAGUGCCUGCAGCUGUGCCUGGCGGGCUACGUGGUGACGGGCAUGCUGGGCAUCUCCAUGUCGUACCACCGCCAGCUCAGUCACAAGUCCUUCCGCUGGGUCAAGCCGCUCGAGUACCUGCUGGCCUACUGCGGCGCCCUGGCCUUCGAGGGAGACCCAAUAGAGUGGCCGUUCAAAUCGGUAAACGGGCAUCCUACCCGCAGCAUGUGGGCAUCUUACAUGGGCUGUGGUUCAGCUCCAGGCCGCCAGCCGCCGCCGGCGCCAUCCAUCACACCUGGUCGCGCAGGCAGCAGCACCACUACCAUCAGCACCGGGGCUGCAGCUAGCGGGCCCAUUAAGGGACCAGCGGGCAGCAGGCGGCGGUGACCCACGCGCACCAGCAGCAGCACCUUAUGCUGGAUCCCGUGCUGGCGUAUGUUCCGCGGCCGUACUGGGACCCGCAGGGCUGGUGGCACAUCCCAGACCGAUGGGUUGAUACUUACAAUCCGCCCGUGCACGCGUGGAGCAAAUACAGCAGCCUCGGGGGCGGCGCAGCCUCAGCGCACGUCUGUCCACCCGCACGCAGUAGAUAGGCGUAGUGGCUUGCGCUUCCGGACGCGGGAUAUGCCAUUGCAACGGGGCUGCAACGUGUAACGUAUUACCAGGUCGAGCAAUGCAUGCAUGCGCACGUGAGCACGUGGGUGUAAUCGGGGCUGGCUGGCACGAGUUUGAGCUGGAGGUGGAAGGAUGGACCACGCCAAGGGGCAGAAGAGGGUAGGUUGACACAUUACCGCAAACAUAUGUUACAAUUGAAGGGCGGGUCGUACUUAUCUCCCUGUAAUGCAUCUUCUUG